UGUGCCCUAGUUUGCUAGGGCUGCUGUAACAAAAUUUUAUAAACUGAGUUCUUAAACAAGAGAAAUUUAUUUCUCACAGGCCUGAAAGAGAAGUCCAAGAUCAAGAUGUUGGCAGAGCCAUGCUCCCUCUGGAGGUGCGAGGGAAGAAUCUGUUCCAGGCCUCUCUCCUAACCCCAAUCUUUACAUGACAUGCUCCUGCCUAUGCCCAGAUUUUCCCUUUUUGUAAGGAUCUAGUCAUUGGAUUAGGGCCCAUCUUAGUAACCUCAUCCUAACUUGAUUAUCUCUGUAAAGACCCUAUCUCCAAAUAAGAUCAUGUUCUAAGAUACUGUGGGUUAGAACUCCAGUGUUAUCUUUUGGGGGGGGGCGGCAAUUCAUCUCAUAACGACCUGGUACCAGACAUUCAUUCAUCUUAGUCAAAACUCAUCAAUUGGGCACCAUAGUGGGCCCAAGAUAAAGCCAAAAUGCUUCAUGACUCAUGAUCAUAUUAACUUUCAAAAAGAAGUAUUAUACUGGUGGCCCUGUUGUGCACAACAUAUAAGGAAACUUUUUGUUGUUGUUUUCAACCUACAGGAUAAAAGAAAUUUCUUUACAGAAUUAACCAUGUAAAAUAGCUAUGGAAAUGUCCAUUAAUGAACCAUAGUCUUCAAGGACCUUGAAUAACUAACAUGCUCCUUCCUCUGAUUGGCUUUGCCCAAGUCUGUACCUGGCAUUCCAGCCAAAAGUCUUUUCCUUGCUUCUUGCAGUCUGUUUUUCCUUCCUCUCCUCCAAGCUUCCGUUAAGCUAUCAAAAUGGCCAGAGAACUCUGUUCUCUCCUCUUCAAGUUCACAUUCCUCUCUUCUUUAAAUUGAAAUUUAAGGUCUGCCUUUUCCAGGAAGAUGAUCACUGUGCUUAGUCUCCUUUUUUUUCAGUUCCUGCUAUUACAUUAAGACAGAAUUCUGAUGCGAUGGUUUUCUAUCAGCUACAUCUCAGUUGGGGUUUGUGUGUAGGCGGAGUGGAGAAGCAGUAAUGCCCUUUCUAUUGAGGAGAGGAUGAUUUGCACCACUACCCAUUAAGGCAUCAGGUUACCUCUAGGGACUUGGAAUGGGAAUGAGUUACUGUAGUUAUGAGGUAAGUCCUUCAUAACAGCAAGGUUCUUGUCAUUUGCAAGUAUUGUUUUGAAAGCUAUUAUAGAGCUGUAGUUCUGUGGAAAUAUGAAGUGAUAUUAAAGCCUCUUGAGUCUUAUACAAAAAUUUAAAGAUGUUCAUAGGCUCCAUUAGAGGUAUCUCACUUUGGUUAUUCUCAACCUUCUCUUUUCUCCCUUCUUUUCUUUUUUUUUUUUUUUAAUGUUUAUUUAUUGCUUGAGAGGGAGAUAGAGUACUCGCGAGAGCCAGGGAGGGGCAGAGAGAGAGGGAGACAGAGAAUCCCAAAUGGACUCUGUACUGACAUCAGAGACCCCGACUCAGGGCUUAAACUCCCGAACCAUGAGAUCAUGACCCGAGCCCAAGUCGGAUGCUUAACAGACUGAGCCACCCAGAUGCCCCUUUUCUUCUUUCUUUUCUUUUUUUUUUCUUUUUGCUUUUCUUUUCUUUUCCCUUUGAAACCUAGGACACAUCUUGAAUGCCAGCAAUUUUUUUAAAAAACAAUAAAUUAGUUUUUUCUCUUUACAAAAACAGUAAAUCAGUUAUUUCUCUUCCUUUUGUAAAUUAUAUAUGAAUUUUGCUUAAUUGAUGAGUUGUUCUUCUGUUUGAGUGUGUUUCUCAUUACCAACUAGUUUACUUCAUAUUUUUGAGCACUGGAACCUCUAUUUCUUUGUAACAUUCAGUCUAUGUAGCGUAGCAUUUUAAAUAUAUAUUCGGGGCACAACAUUUGCUGGUUUUCUUCUCAAGUUUUCUUUCAAAGUCCUGUUUCCUUGCUGCAUUUAAAGCUUGGAUUUGGUCAUGUAGAAUUUUUCAGAAACACAUCCAGUGUGUGAAGUUGAGCAUACUUAUUUAUUAGUCAUUAUUUCAGCAAGAAUUUAUCAGUGACUGCAGCGCUGUGUGUCAGGGAAUGUACAUUUCUGCCCAAAAUGAGGUUGUUGGGUUUACAAAAGCAACCACCUUCUGAGGUUUUUGGCCACAAACAGUCACAAAAACUAAAGUAAGGAUUGAGACGGUUUGUAAAAUGAACACGUGUGGAAUUCACUGCAUGACUGAAUAGGAACAGAAAGGUCUUGUUGUGUAGGAGGGGCACUGUGGAAGACCUCUUCCAGGGGCAUCAUCCAAGGUGAGGGUUUGUAUUUGUUUGUACCCAGUGAAGUACGUAUGUAGAGUUGUUAACCUAGAACUGGACAGUGAACUCUGCAUGUCAAUUAGUGAAGAGCCAGGAAACCCUCUCACAUCUGAGGGAGGGUUGGUCAGAACUGUCAGAUCAAGGAACCGGAAAUUGCUCAGAUCAGCUGAUGCAAAAGAGGAUCUGGAGGGUGUGGCCAGAGAGUGUGCAGUUUUAGAACCAGGAGACGCCUUUUCCUGUUGGCUAGUGAAAGGAUCAAGUGUCAUUUGGAUGAGUUGAAAGAUAGACACUGUGGAGAGCAGGGGACAAGAUGGUGGCCACUUUGGGAGUGGCAUAGUCUGCAUAGUCACAAAGUCAGGGUGCUGGGGCAUAAGGGAGUAGGAGAGCCCCAGUGCCUGGAAGAUUCAGAUCAGCUGUAGAGACCAUAGAAUAGACUUCUCCCCCCACCCCCCAGUAGGAGGAACACCAGGACUCUUAAAUUUCAAAGACACACUAUCUUGGUUCUACCCUUUUUAGAGGCAUUUCCUAAAGUGUGGUCCCAGGGCUACCUGCAUCAGAAUCUCCUGGGGUUUUCAUUAAAAAUGUACAUUUUGGGGUCCCACUGCGUCAGGCAUCCUCAGACACUAUGGGGCUAUUUUAAGGUCUCCAAGUGAUUUAGAAGCUCACUGAAAUCUAAGGACCACUGGGGUAAAAUAAUCCUCAGAGAAGCUCUGCUUGUUUGAAUCUUUCAGUGAUGAAGAAUGAGCUGUCUUAUAAAGCAGUGAUCUUUUAAGUCCACAGAUGAUGCAGGCAGGAAAUGUAAAUGGGUGCCAAGUAGAGAAUGACAAAUUUAUGAGUAACCAAGUCAAAAUUGGGUCCAAAGAAAAAUUGGGAUACAUCUCUUAAGACUGACGUCAGAAAAACUAACCACGCGUGUCCCUUGGAAACUUGGUUGGCCAGAGUACUGGACUUAGCUGGGCUGAUGCAUUUGAGCCGUUCUGAAUUUCUAUAAGAAACUGGAAGUGGUUUCGCAGGCGUCUGUUACUGUGUUGAGCCAACUAGGAUUCCAGGGUCAAGCAGAAGCCGUAAGGACCAGAUGAAAGUCUUUGAAAUUCAGGAUACAGACAAGCUUUUUCUUUUUUUCCUGUCAAAUUUUUGCCAUGGAUUCCUUUCCUUUUCCUUUCCUUUCCUUUCCUUUGCUUUCCUUUCCUUUCCUUUCCUUUCCUUUCCUUUCCUUUCCUUUCCUUUCCUUUCCUUUCCUUCCUUUCCUUUCCUUUCCUUCCUCUCCUCUCCUCUCCUCUCCUCUCCUCUCCUCUCCUCUCCUCUCCUCUUUAAAGUAACUCCCUGUGGUGUGUUUGUGUGUUGGGGGCUUGGGGGAUGUAGAUACCAUUUCUGUCUGUGUGUUGCCUUGUUGGGGGGGAGGAGAAAUUUUGAACAUUUCAGAGCCUGAAAUAUAGUGCGUGAUGAGAGUCAGUUUCCAUUUUCUGUCUUUCUUUGACCCUUUUCCUUACCCUCUCUGCUGUACACCCCAAGUGGGCAAGACUGCCAUUGACAUCACAGACGGAGCUGACACCACUGCAGAGACCCCCACCGCCACCCCCAUCUCCUGCCCCAGUUGGAUGGAUGUAUAAUCAUUGCCAGGUGAAGGACUGUCCCAUCAGACAGUGGCACCUGCUCCUUGUAUUUUCAAAUACACUUCCUCUGCUUGCUCAGCCACAGUCCACAAAACUUAGCAGUUACUGUUAAUAUUAGGAAAUAACAUUUACUAAUAAAAAGCUCCUGCUAAAAUUUGAGAUUUUCCCAAUUCUUCCUCCUCCCUCCUAAGGGAAAGAAUACAAAGAGAAUCAGUGUGAUAAAAAGAAUGGUUACUGUAGUGCAGUUUUACUUGCCUCAGCCUUUUCUCCACUGUUAACCACCUCCCCAGCCCUGCUUACUGUAGCGAGUGACAGGAUUGUGAUAAUUUGAACUUCUGUAUUGACAACUGUAUAUAGGUUUAUUGAGUAGCUAGAAAAGGAAAAGCAACCAGGAAAGUCAAGAGAUGAGGGCAGUCUUAGGAUUUGAAAAGCCAGACAGUGAAUAUCCUGUGAUAAAAUUUGUUGAAAACAGCAACUUGUAUGCCAUGUAGGAAACAUGCUUCUCGGUUCUUCAGAUGAUGUCCAGGAGGAGGAAUGGUGAUCUGUGUAGAAUAACAAUUAGCAUGAAGAUACCAGCACACUGGAAAAUAGGCGCAGUUUAACAAAAGGAGGGUUAAAAGGAAUAAAUAAUCGAAGUCUUAACAGUUCAGUGAAAAAUACUGAGGGAAAUGGAGUAUAACUAAGUGUGUAAAAAGGCAUGUGUGGUUGGUUUGGCCAUAAAUGAGUAUUAGCCAACAAACUGACUUCGCUGCUUAGACCAUUAAUAUAGCUUUGCCUACAUUUAAUAAAAUUACGUAUUUAGAUAAAAAAAUGAGAUCAUCCUACUGCAUAGACAUUAAAAGUUCUAAUCCAAAAGUUCAUCUCUACGGUGAGUUUUUUUUUUAAUUAGGACACUGGUUUUUUUUUUUUGGUUUGUUUUCACAGAAGCGUUGGAUUUGGUAGUUUAGUUCUCAGGUUUUCCUGUUGAAGUAUUAUUAAUAGUAGUUAGAACCCCAGGUUACCUUCAAAGCCCGUAGUGUUCUAAUGGAAUUUCAGAACUGGUAGUGACAGCUCCAGUUAUGCAUCUCUGUGAGCAAAGCAUUGUCAUGUGGUACAUUAAGUAGAGGGAAAAAAAUCGCUUUCUCACUUCUAAUAAUCAUAAUGAAAAAUGUAAAUCAGAUGGCCUUUUGUACUCUUCCUCUUCUCUCUCCGAAGAUUGAGAAUAACAGAAGUUAUUCAAGUUGACUCAAACGGAACACAGGCCCGCCUUUAAAUUGUCUUGCCGAUGCUUUUCUCAGCUGUCCUAAGUGAUGACUCUCUCCCCACAUUGUAGCUUGGAAGUUCUGGUAUUUCAAAGAGGGGCCGUAACUUAAUGCAUCCCUAGUUAGAAUUUCAAGUGGUAAACCUAACCUAAGUAAAAAAGUCCAGGGAAUAUGAGGACUGAUCAGAUUUGAUCAGGCCAGCUUUUCCAGGGAGCCUUUCCUGGGAAAUCCUCCCCAACUUCCCUAUCCCCCAUUUUACCUGCCUUUUGCAGCAACUUCCACUUUGAACUCAUUUUUGUUUUUAGUUUUCUCUAUUUUUUUCCUCAUUUUUAUGGGCAAAAGAGCCUCAGAGUAGCAGGAGAAGGACUGAGAAAACUACUUAUUAGUCAGUUUUAAGAUUCAGUCUAGGGGUGCCUGCACUGGGCUGAGCCCUCACGGCCAUCUGGAUAUUGAGAAAGAUGAACCCAAGUGCAGCUGGCAGUUACUGAGCACUCCUUGUGGGUUGGGCAUUUUACCCUGAUGAACUUGUGCAAUCUUUGUAACCAUUCUGCAAGCUAGAAUAGAUGCUAUCGUCCUCACUUAACAGAUGAAGAGAUGAAAUGUGCGGAUGUGAAAUCAUUUGCCCAGGGUCAUAGUGAAUGGCAGUGGUGGGAUCUGAACUGAGGCAGUCUGAUUUCCGAAUCCAUCCUUUCAACUCUAAUUGCUAUAUUGCCUCCUUAGAAGUUGUUUUGACCAGAGUUGUUGGUUAUUGUCAUUUGUCUGUAGCCUUAAAGGAAUAUCACUGGAGGGAUAAUAGCUAUCAUUAAAGAUUUAAAUUAUGACAGCUUAUAUGUUGUAGCAAUUAGAAAUGUCAAAUUGGGGCAUCUGCUGGUCUGUAAUGAUGCCCUGCCUUCACCCCCAAUUUCUACACCAUAGGAAAACAUCUUAGUUUGGAUAUGAGGCUGGGCAAGAUGACCCAUAAGUUUCUUUCUGGAUCUAAUUAUGGUUAAAGAAUUAUUGGUAAUAUAACUUGGUGGGUGCUUAUGUAAAAUAAUCCUCUACACUUUUUUUUUUUUUAAUGCUUAUUUAUUUUUUGAGAGAGACAGAGUGUGAGCCGGGGAGGGGCAGAGAGAGAGGGAGACGCAGAAUCUGAGGCAAGCUCCGGGCUCUGAGCUGACAGCUCAGAGCCCGACACAGGGCUGGAACUGACAGACUGUGAGAUCAUGACCUGAGGCAAAGUCGGACGCUUAACCGACUGAGACACCCAGGCACCCCUACACGUUUUUUGUUGUUGUUUGUUUGUUUGUUUUUUAAGUUUUAUUUAAGUAAUCUCUAUACCCAACACGGGGCUCAGACUCAUGGCCCUGAGAUCAUGAGUUGCAUGCUCUCCCAACUGAGCCAGCCAGGUGCAGCACUCUUACGUGUAUUGAUUAUGUAUCCCAAGUUUUUAAAAGUAAGGUUAAGAGAGUCAAAAUCGACCUUUAGAAAAAGCUGCUGUAGUAGAUUGAAUACUGUGUCCCCAAAUUCAUAUCUAACAAGAGCUUCAGAAUGUGAUUUCAUUUGGAAAUAAGAUCUUUGCAGAUGUCAUUAGUUGAAGUAUCUUGCUAUGAAAUCAAAGUGGAUUUAAGGUAGGCUUUAAAUCCAGUGGCCAGUCUCUUUAUAAAAAGAGGGUAAGACACAGAGAGACACAAAGAGAUGGCCAUGUGACGUAGAGGCUGCAUUGGGAUUAUGCCACCAAGAGGCAAAGAACAGUAGGAGUUGCCAGAAACCAGAGGAGCAAAGAAGGAUUUGCCCCUAGAGCUUUCCAAGAGAGCAUUGACACCCUGAUGUCAGACUUCUGGCUUCCAUAACUGUGAGAGAGUAAAUAUCUGUUGUUGUAAGCCAUGCUAGCCCUAGGAAACUAAUACAGCCAUUUCCCACUUUCUCUCCACUUCUAUUUUAUCUUUUAACUUUUGAAUAGCUUAAUGCAGGUAUAUAAUGUUGUAGUUAGUGUACAAACUGAGUUUUAAAUUUCCUCAUGGAAACUAAUUACAUUAAAUUGUAUUAGCAUGGCUACACUUAUAUUGAAUUAACUUUAUAUAAAGAGGUGCAGUGCAUCUCAAGGAGUAGUGUUUUUCUUUUUCUUUCUUUCUUUUUUUUUUUAGAGCCCUGCUGGAAGGGGCGGGGGUAUCAUUCAUCCGAAAGAAUUUUACCAGACCACUUAGAUGACUCCAUUAAGAAGUUAGUCUUCUAAAUAACUCUCUCGCUUACACUUCUCUAAGGUUAAAAAUCAAUUAAAAGGAUUGGAGCGAAGGUGUCAUUUUUCAAUUGAGAGUCUAAUAAAGCGAAUCCUGGCAAGAAUGAAUAACAACUGCCUGACCAGAUGUGGCCAUUACCAAAGGCAGUAGGAUCCCAAAGUGAUUACAUCUUCUUGAAGGUUUAUAGUAAUUCUGAUUAAUCUGUUUUGAAAAGACAGAUUCCCACAGAUCUCAUGUAUCCAGAGGCAAUACGAUUAAGAUUAUUAGGACUCCUAUUUUUCUCUGAAUUAUAAUUCUCACUAUCAAUCAUAAUUUGUCUACUGUCCCUGGUGUCUUGAAGUCUAAACUAGGAAUUUUAAAAGUCAUAGAGUUGGGACAUUGUUCCCGAGAUGCUUCAGUCUAGAGAGGAAAUAGAACAGAAUUCCAGUGUAAGUAGAGGUCUUGUUUCAGUUAAAAAAAAAUGAUAUGAUUGAUGUAUUUCUGCCUAGAUGUCAGACUCCUUUCCAAAAUACUUAGGCUCCUCCCCCAUCUUACUCUUGCUGACUCCUCUUACCUCCUUGUACCAGAGAGCUGUUCAGCAUACAGUGUUUUAAUCCCUGCCACAGUUACAUGCUUUCUGACAUAUGCCAGUCUAUUAUUUAUUUCCUCAUCAAAUGCACAAAGCCCUGGGUCCGAGGUGCAGAGUGGGAUUAUCAGACAGGGCGUGACCAUGUGUACUCAAAAGGCUUACAGGUUAAUGGGGGAGAUUUGUUCUUUAAUUCAAACGUAGAAAUAUCAUAUUAGAAAGUGUUAAACAUGUGUUGAGAUUACAUAUCCUAUAUUGAGAAGAUCUAAAGGAAAGCAAGUUGCCUGAGUAUUUUCCAGCAAUAUUCCUUCACAGCAAUGUUGUACUGUUGGUUUUGGAGUAAAGAAGGACGUGUCACUGAGUUUCGCUGUUUGGCAACCACUUUCUUGAGCCAAACCUUUUGGUUUUGUUUUACUGAUGGGUGUUAGAAAGAUUUUUAGUAACUGUGGCAGUAACCAUGACCAAAAGCCUUAAUUAGAGCAAUUGUGUAUCAACCAGGCCACCGAAACAGUGAAACUUAAUGGCAUACGUCCCUUAUUACCAUUUUCCCUUCUGCUUAGCUCCUAAACAUGUAGUCAGACAGACCUUAUCUCACUACCAGACUGCUACCUCCUCAGUGACCUUGGGAAAGUCCUUUAUCUUCUGUUUUCUUAACUGUAUAAUGGUGAUAAUCAUGCCUACCCUGUUUUGGUUAAAUGAAGCAAUAUAUACAAAGCACUUAGCUUGGUACCAGAAACGUGAUAAAUGGUCAACAAUGUUAAUGAUUAGUGCUAUGAAUAACACACAUUUCUCUAGGGGAAAAAAUGUUUUCAGUUAAGUUGUCUUGGCUUAAAAUGGUUUUCCCCCCUUUGGUUUUUGCUUAUCUAGCUAUGUUUAAAGAUUACCUAGAUUACUUUGAGAGUAAGAAAAAGAUAAAAUAUUAUAGCUCCAACUAAAAUGAGUAAGCAAAUGGCUACAACCUACCCCCUUCAGUUAAGGGGAAAACAUUGGUCUUGGCUUUCUAUCUAUUUCUGGAAAGCCCGCUAGCAGGGAUUUGCACAUCAGUUGUCACUGCAAGGUAAGAAUUGGGUUUUGCAGUAAGGAAGAAUGGAGAUGUAGCUAGUGUGUAAUUCAGGCAGGAUUCCCACAUGUAUUUCCAGGGACCUCAGAGUGAGGUGACCUGUCCAAGGUUUGAUGGAUAAAUUCUGACCCCGAUAUUUAUAAUUUACAGAAUUGCCUUUUAAAAAACAUAUCCAGCCAGACUAAACUCUCCUUUAGAUUUGUAUCUUCUCAGUUUCCGUGGUGAUGGAAGUUCUUCUGAAAGUAGGGUGACGUUUUACUUUGAGCAGUUCUUCUGUACUAGAACCAACUGCUGGGUUGCAAGAGAGGAGCACAGGGUAGCUGCUGUAGUCCUCCACUGCCCUGAGGUGUGGGCCUGCUGCAUCAGCUUCCUGGCCACGGUGCAGGCAAGGAAGGCUGCCUGUUCGUUCCUGAUUUUUCUUCCAUGUGAGAAGGUACAUUGCCUGAUGCUGAUCCUUAAAAUAAAAUCCACCGUUCUUCUUAGUUCAUUCUUUUGCUCUAUGCUCUGAUUUUUAAAUUGGGAAGAGAGUACCAUUCUGAGAUUAGAUCUGGAUCCAAAAUGUAAAGAAAACAUCCAAAGAACGUGAAUUUUAGGGCUUGUGACGUCUCUGUGGAGCAAGAGAAAAUUAAAAAUUGUGUUCCCCUCUAGCAUUUAUUUCUUUUUUAGGAAAGUGAUUUGAUAAUGUAGGAGUGCUCUGAAGUUUUGAUUCCACUGCUCAGUGUUCACUGAAUUCAGUGAUCUGGUGUAGCUGCAGGCCACACCUGGGCCUUUGUUCCUCUCUGCUCUGUCUGGGCAGGGGGCCACAGCGGUGUUUGGGCUCUGGCCUGUUUUUCCCUUUCCUGUGCUGGAAAUGCUCGCUGGCUGCUUUGGAUUAGGUGGGGAGGUGAGGAGAGCUGGUCUCCUGUCACUGGUCAUUGAGUGUGAGUCUCUUAAGUCAGUUUCCAUUUAGACACGAUUUUCUUCGUAAGUGUUUCUUUGUGGUUGGUGGGAAUGGAUGGUGUUGUUUUCUUGUUUUGUGCAUUUGGAAGGCCAGAGACUUGUGAGACCCAAUAUGGAUACCUGUCACUAAUUAGGUUAAUCUGGAAUUGUGACUGGAGUGAAAGAUUGCAUGUUUGAUUAUGUGCCUCAAAGGUAAAAGAUACUUUAUAUGCUAUUAUAAUGAAACCAAAUAUAAUGAGAAGAAAAAGGGAUUGUAGAACCCAAGUGUAACGUCUACGUGCUAUGCUGCUGUGGGGCAUGUGAUCCCCACAUCUGACCCCGCCACACACGUGGAAGCUCUGGGUCUCCAUGCCAGAGAGCUGUAACUUGAUUGCCCAAGUUCCUUGGAAAAGAAACUUCCUCUGGAAAUGUAAUAACUAGCAAUAUGUACAUUUAGCUCAUUUUGGUAGCAGUGAUGGAGCUGGUGCAUUGUGAUUAACUUUAGCAACAGAAAAAAGGUGUUCAGGAAGAUUAAUAGCCUCACUCUUUUUCAUCUUGAGUAAUAACUCCCUACUCUAAACAAAGAGUGUUGUGAAACAAUUUAAGACUGAAAGAAAAACAAAAUUGCAUCUGGUUUUUGUAAAUAUUGAAACCGUUUCCCAGAUUCUACUUACCGCAGAAUGCACUUCUUCUUCAGUUUAUCUCCUUGAGGAAAGAUGAAGAGAGGGGUGAACCUUGCCAGGAGUUGGUUAGAUUCCAACGUGUCUUGGUACUUCAAGGUUGAUAGCAUCACUCCUGAAAUGAUUAGACAGUAGUGCAUGGGCUGGCUCCGUAAAAAAAAGGGCCGGUCUCAAGCUCUAAGUAGCCGUGGGUACUCAGUCUGAAUAUGCAGUAUCGAUAAAGAGAGAUAGGACAUGUCUGAAAGCUUGUACCUGCAAAAAUGGGGAAAUGCUUAGUCAGAUCAAGACAGUAAGUAACAGCUUUCCAGAGUAUACCAAUGAGCUGCUGGGAGCAAGGUUUGCAUACCUUUUUGGACUGUUGAGGAAAAUCAGCUCACCUUAGAGAAUUAAUAUGAACAUAAUCAUGGCAAACUUCAGGAUGGAAGCCAAUGCCGGAAUACACAAAAGUUGUACAGAUCUCUCUUUUUUCUUUAUAAGGAAACUGAGAGGCUGAAGUUACUUGUUUUAAGCAUACGAAUUCUGUGAAUAUAUAAGGAAAUCAGACAGUGAGGGGACAAUUCUGAUGAUUCUUCAAAGGUUUCUAAUCUAAGCCUAUUAAAUUGCCAGUUGACCCUAAAUACACUUCUCUGACAGAAAGGCAACAAGCUGCUGUAAUUAAUCUGUUUGAUUUUUGUAUCUUCUUGUAGAUAGAUGGUCAGAUAAUGGUGAUGCAUGCUAUUCACAAAGUUUUAAUAUGUACAGAUAGAAAUGGUGCCAUUCAUAACAAUUUUUUAGGAGUUUUGGAUUAUAAAUGUAAUGCUGUGAAUUUCCUUUCCUUCUCUUUUCUUUUUUUUUUAAGCGGGAAUCUAAAUGUCAUAACAGAGACAUGGGCAUCCAAGUAAGUCAUCUAGAAGUUGACAGAUGAAAUAUGAGGGAUAAAAGAGGCCAUACAAAAUAUAUACUUGUUCUGUGAUGCCUUAAUAAGACUACCAUAUCAAUUUCCCUUUUUAAAACUCAUUAAGAAAACUUGACAUGUGCCAUCAUUUUUUGUACAAUCCUUGGAACAAAGAAGGGCUGGUGCCUUUUGACAGUAGUGGUGGGAAUGGAGACCUAGUUCUGCCUUGAAUUAGCUGUAUGACCUUAGAUAUAUGCUUUGACUUCUUUGGGUUGAGGGGUUAGAUUAGAUCAUUGUUCCUCAAUGUUAUUAAAGCCAAGCUCUCUUUGAUAAAAAUUAAAAUACUGUAAACCCCCACAACCAUUUCUCAAGAUUCUGUUAUGCUUCCAAUUGAGAAUUACUAGAUUGCAUUAUCUCUGAUGUCUUCUCUCAACUCUAACAUUUUGUGAUCCUGAGCAGAUACUGAAUUGGAAAUCAAAAGUUUUUAUCUCUUUUAGUGAAGAGAUGUAGCUUGUUCCUUCUUAAAGCCAGAAGGAGACCUUUCUAAAAUCCAUCCUCACACACCGAGAGCACGGUCUUGAGUCCUGCCUUGUGCACGGACAUUGCCUAGAAGCCUGGUAGAAAUGCACAAUCCUGACCUCACCCGAAAUGACUGAGUAGUGGUUCGAAAGUACAUCAAGGUUUCAGAAAUGCAACACAACCUUGGUUUUUAACCUGCUAGGGGCUAUAUUAGUGGGGUCUCAAAUUAAUUUAGUAGGUCACUACCAGCAUUUGUUUUUUAGGGAAAUAGACGAGAAAAGAGAACAUGAAGGUGCAUUGACAAUGGUAAAGGAAGAUAACUUUCACAAAAUUUUUCUUUCAUUUUUAUAUGGUUUCGCCUCAGGCAAAAAUUUCGUUUUUGAGGUGGAAUUCAGGCAAAAAAAGUUUCUUUUUUUUUAAAGCCACUGUGCUUUGUAUUAGAGACUAGGUAUCUCAGAGACAGCAAGGCAGUAUAUCUCAGAUACAUCAGAGACAAUGUAUCUUAGAGACAACCGGCUCCUUCCUUCUGUUUACCCCCACACAGUCACAUAUAUACACAGACAUUUACAUAGAGAUACACAGAGAAACAUAAUAAAGAGCUGUUCUACACUAAUUACCUACUGUGUAUCAGAUGUAAGCUGCAGGAUUUUAUCAUGAGAAAGAAAUGAAUAGCCAUUAAUUUUUUGAGUUAAUACAACUCAAAAAAAAUUGUAUUAAAUUUUCCUGUGAUGAUGUUUUACUUUGGCGAUAUAUAGAUGACAACAGUGUGAGAUUUCAUUUUUAAAAUUGUUAUGAGAUUUCAAAUACUACUUGUGUAGUUUCCUGAAAGUACAGAUAAUGCUUUUUUUCUCUAGGGCUGAGUUUAUGAAACCCAUGAUGCUGCAUGCUCAUUCACGUGGCAAUUCACAUCUUAAAAAAAAAAAAAAAGUGAAUAUAUUCAUUGGGAUUUCCUUGGCAGUCUCUGGUCCCAGCCCACCCCAUGGCCCCUCCCAGCCCCAGCACCACCAGCAGUAAUAACAACAGCAGCAGUAGCAGCAACUCAGGAUGGGACCAGCUAAGCAAAACGAACCUCUAUAUCCGGGGACUGCCUCCCAACACCACGGACCAGGACCUGGUGAAGCUGUGCCAGCCAUAUGGGAAAAUAGUCUCCACGAAGGCAAUUUUGGAUAAGACAACGAACAAAUGCAAAGGUUAUGGUUUUGUCGACUUCGACAGUCCUGCAGCAGCUCAAAAAGCUGUGUCUGCCCUGAAGGCUAGUGGGGUUCAAGCUCAAAUGGCAAAGCAACAGGAACAAGAUCCUACUAACCUAUAUAUUUCUAAUUUGCCACUGUCCAUGGAUGAGCAAGAACUUGAAACUAUGCUCAAGCCAUUUGGACAAGUUAUUUCUACAAGGAUACUACGUGAUUCCAGUGGUACGAGUCGUGGUGUUGGCUUUGCUAGGAUGGAAUCAACAGAAAAGUGCGAAGCCGUUAUUGGUCAUUUUAAUGGAAAAUUCAUUAAGACACCACCUGGAGUUUCUGCUCCUACAGAACCUUUAUUGUGUAAGUUUGCGGAUGGAGGACAGAAGAAGAGGCAGAACCCAAACAAAUACAUCCCUAAUGGAAGACCAUGGCAUAGAGAAGGAGAGGUGAGACUUGCUGGAAUGACACUUACAUAUGACCCAACCACAGCUGCUAUACAAAACGGAUUUUAUCCUUCACCAUACAGUAUUGCUACAAACCGAAUGAUCACUCAAACUUCUCUCACACCCUAUAUUGCAUCUCCUGUAUCUGCCUACCAGGUGGCAAAGGAAACCAGAGAAAACAAGUAUCGGGGCUCUGCUAUCAAGGUGCAAAGUCCUUCUUGGAUGCAACCUCAACCAUAUAUCCUACAGCACCCUGGGGCCGUGUUAACUCCCUCAAUGGAGCACACCAUGUCACUACAGCCUGCAUCUAUGAUCAGCCCUCUGGCCCAGCAGAUGAGUCAUCUGUCACUAGGCAGCACCGGAACAUACAUGCCUGCGACGUCAGCUAUGCAAGGAGCUUAUUUGCCACAGUAUACACAUGUGCAGACAACGGCGGUUCCCGUUGAGGAAGCAACUGGUCAGCAGCAGGUGGCCGUCGAGACGUCUAAUGACCAUUCACCAUACACCUUUCAACCUAAUAAGUAACUGUGAGAUGUACAGGAGGGUGUUCUUACAUGAAGAAGGGUGUGAAGGCUGAACAAUCAUGGAUUUUUCUGAUCAAUUGUGCUUUAGGAAAUUAUUGACAGUUUUGCACAGGUUCUUGAAAACGUUAUUUAUAAUGAAAUCAACUAAAACUAUUUUUGCUAUAAGUUCUAUAAGGUGCAUAAAACCCUUAAAUUCAUCUAGUAGCUGUUCCCCCGAACAGGUUUAUUUUAGUAAAAAAAAAACAAAAAAAAACAAAAAAAAACAAACAAAAAAAAAACAAAACGAAAGAUUUUUAUCAAAUGUUAUGAUGCAAAAAAGAAAAAAAAAAGGAAAAAAGAAAAAAAAGUAAGAAAAAAAGAAAAGCAAAAGAAAACUUCAAUUUUCUGGGUAUGCACAAAGACCAUGAAGACUUAUCCAAGUGCAUGACCAGAUUUUUGUGGUUUUGUCCAUUUUUGUGUUGAAUUUGCGUUUUCUUCAGCUGUAUGAAAUGGGCUCUGAAGUUUAAGUAGUCCGACCUCCCCCAUGGCGUUCUGUGCUUGCCGUGUGAGUGUCCCUGUAUUCAGUGUUGCCCUCCGCGUCUCUCUUCUUAGCUUUUCCAUUUUACUUUCAACGUAGUGUGAAGUGUCUUCUCCUUUUCUAUGAAUUCCAAUUUGCCUUAACUCCUUUGAUGCUGUAGCUGUUUCAGUAAAAGUUAGUUCAAACUAAUGAUGUAGAACGCUUUGACCAAAUGAGCUGGUCUAUUAUGCCUUGUAAAACAGCAGCAUAGGGCUUUUAAAAGGUAGUCAAUAAAAGUUGCUGAAAUUUUGGCUUUUUUAAAUAUGUAGUAGGUGUUUUUAAUGAUUUUUCACAUGAUGUGUAAGGUAGUGAAAUGCAAGAAGGGAAAAAAUGUUUUGUGUGAAACACAUUUUCUGACUGGGGAACUUUUAAUAGGGUAAAUUGUUUGUAAGGCUGUAUGCCAACAGUUUCCUCUGAUAGUUUGACUGAUUUAGGAUAUCUGCUGUAUGAUGCAAUGUAAAGUCUUUUUUGCCUUUUUUCAGGAAAAAAAAAAACUAACUCGAUGUUCUAGAUUUAGUGUAGGUAGCGUUGGGGCUGGGGGUGGGGGGCGGGGGCGGGGAGUCACCGAAUGUUUUGUCCUUCCUUUAUACUAAUGAUAGUGCUUUAGAAUGAGAAUUCUGCCUGAGAUCUGGCAAAGCGAAAAACGUUGCUAUUGCAACUAAAUGGCAAAAGCUAAAAGUAAGGAUUUUAUCUUCAAACCUAAGCUGAGAUAUGAAUAGAAGCAAAACGAUUGGCUACUCGCUCUCUCUAGUACAUAAAUUUGAGAAAUAAAAAUUACUUGGCACUUUUAAAGGUAACUUCACCAAAGACCGAAGAGCCAGUAACCAGUUGCUCCACCUUGUCUCAGCGUCAUAUCUUCUGUGCUCUUUAUUUUUGCCGGACCAGUUUGCGGUUAGGAGAAUGUGCCUUUUUUGUACCUUUGCAUUUAGGUUUUAUAAUUUUAACUGAUGUAUGGACACACCCAAACAAAAAAAAAAAGCAUGAAGGAAGAUUUGGAUCCAAGCGGUGCCACACUUUACAUCAUCACUACAAGUAUUCAGUGUAAAGAGAAACCAAUUUUGAAACUAUGAAAUUCCUGAUUCGUAAAUACACGGUUAUUUCUACUUUAGUACAUCUAAGGUGAUUCACUGUUCUUCAAGCUCUUUUAGUGAGACGAUUGCAUACGUUUGAAAAGCAACGGUAAAUUAAGUUGUCUUCCAAAACUGUGUACUUGUCUGGUCAACGGUGUGUGAUCAGUUAUCUACCUCAGAGUCUAUUUUCUUUUGUGCUGGGACAGGUUGCUGGCCCUCCCUGUUUCCACAGACCAAAUCCUCCUAGCUCAGGAGCUAGGGCUGAGCAGUUAUUUCUUUCGAGUAUUUUUUAGUUCUUAAAUUUUAUGCUUGUAUUUGAUUAUAGAUGUCAGUGACAUUUCAUAGUUUCAAAAGUCCUUGCUGCUCUGAGAAGUGUAGAUUCUAGUGAAAAUUACAUAGUCCUAAGAGAAAUGUGUUUUGUUUUUGUUUUUGUUUCCUUUUUUAAAGUUGUGGUAUUAAUUGGUUCUAUGCUCCCUGGAAUAUUACUGCUUUGUGAAAGUCCAGACUGAACGCAGCGCCCUCCUUGUACCUAAUACAUUUAUAAACCUGGGUCUCUCACUACUUGAUAUUUUUGCAUUAGUUAAGACAGAAAUUUGAUAGCUCGGUUAGAGGGGAGGGGAAAUCUGCUGCUAGAUAUGUCUGAACUAAGUGCCAUACUCGUCUGGGUAAGAUUUGGGAAACAUAACCUCUGUACAUAAAAAAAUAAAAAUAAAAAAAAAAUCAGUUAAACAUCACAUAGUAGACAGCCAUUAAAUUAUAAAAAAAAUUAAUUUAUGAAGAAAGACCUUUUGUACAGAUUGAAAAAAAAAGAUUUUCAUAGAGAUAUCUAUAUGAUCAAGAGAGUUAAUUUUUUAUUUUUGUUUUACUAGUGCCACAAACUUGCCAGUGGUAACUUAUUUGUCCGGUUCAAGAUAACUCUGUAGUUUUCUUUCCUAGGACUUGUUGUUAAACGCCAAAAGACAUUUUUGAACUGUACAUUUGAUCAGAUUGUUAGCUUUUUCUGUUUUAUUUCUUUUGAAAACCUUUGAAUAAAAAACAUCUGAAAUUUUA